UACAAAUGAAACUCUGCCGAAUUUUUGAUAGAUUUAAAAAGAAAAAACAUUACCCUCAAAUUAAGAGAAUAUGUUGGGAUCUUUUAACAUUGAUCAAGUCGUAUGACCGGGCCCGUUACAUUAUUCCUCAAGUACAGUAUAUUUUAGUUGGUUUCUUCUUAAAUCUGGGUUGGGUUUAUCAUGAUUACUACAAUAAAUGGCAAAUGGUCUUAUUUUGGGAAUUCUUCUCUGUUCAUAAUUUUGCAGGUGGAAGUGCUGUCAUGGCUAAUGAACAGGUAGCAACUAUCAACUUCUCUUAUCACACAAACAUCCGAUGGAAAGUAAACGAAUCCAACUUAAAUUGGGUAAAUUUUUGGUUGUACAUUGUCCUAAUUCCAAGAAAUUUGCUUUGACAAUAAUAUUGCAGAAAACUUGGUUUGUGUCCAAGCGAUCGUCGGAUCAAGCAACUUUACUAGCGAAUAUCAAUUACGCAUGCUCUCACGUGGAUUGCCAGAUUCUACAAAAGGGUUACCCUUGCUUUUCUCCAGAUAGUCUCAGAAGCCAUGCAUCAAUAGCCAUGAAUCUGUACUACCAAUGUAAGGGAAGGAACCGCUGGAAUUGUGAUUUCAGGGACUCUGGCCUCAUUGUCAAGACUGAUCCAAGUAAGGACUGCUACAUGUAUGAUGCAAUGCGUUAUCCUUCUGGCAACAAUGAAGACAUUUUCAUGUCAUGCUUGCGACAAUUUUGUGUCAAUUUGCAGGCUAUAGCAACUGCAUCUAUGCGUAAGCCUUGGUCCAGGAAGUAAUUCCUGGCAACUUGUCUGCUGGAAAUAUAUUGCUGCAAGGAAGCAGAAGAGUUGGUCUGACAUACAUUCUUGCCUAAUUUUGUCAGGCCUCAUUUAAUUGCUGAUCUCCCGAUAAAGGAUCCAAAAUUGAAUUGCAAGCUCCCAGCAAACUUACACCUCAAAAGCCCAAAACAUAAACUAUGAUAGAAGUGCGCGAGGGUGUGGGAAUUCGGAUGUAUAAUUUUUGGAUCCCAAAAAAG